AUGACUCAGUGGUACCAGCUACAGCAACUUGAUUCCAAGUUUUUGGAGCAAGUUCACCAGCUAUACGAUGACAGCUUUCCUAUGGAAAUCAGGCAGUACCUGGCACAGUGGCUGGAAAACCAGGAUUGGGAACAUGCAGCCAACAACGUAUCUUUUGCUACGGUGUUAUUCCAUGACCUACUGUCACAGCUUGAUGAUCAAUUUAGUAGAUUCUUGAUAGAAAACAACUUUUUGCUGCAACACAACAUAAGAAAAAGCAAACGUAAUCUUCAGGAUAACUUCCAGGAAGACCCAAUACACAUGGCAAUGAUCAUCUACAACUGUCUGAAAGAAGAGAGGAAAAUACUGAACAGUGCCCAGUUGUCAAAUCAGAUGGAAGUGGGGGGCAUACAGAACACUGUGAUUGGGAUGCUGGACAAACAGAAGGAGCUUGAUGCAAAAGUUAAGGCUGUAAAAAACAGUGUUGUGGAUGUGGAACAAGACAUCAAGACAUUAGAGGAUAUGCAAGAUGAAUAUGAUUUUAAAUGUAAGACCUGGCAGAACAGAGAACACGAGUCCAACAGUGUGUCACAGGAAGAAUAUAAGAAAGAACAGAUGAAUCUCAAUAAGAUGUUUUUAUCACUUGGCCUCAAGAGAAAGGAAGUGGUGAACAAGAUAGUACAGCUACUGAACACCACAGAGCACACACAGAGUGCUCUUAUUAAUGAGGAGCUGGUGGAGUGGAAACACAGGCAACAGACUGCAUGUAUUGGUGGUCCACCCAAUGCCUGUCUUGACCAGCUACAGAACUGGUUCACCAUUGUUGCUGAAAGUCUACAGCAAGUUCGUCAGCAGCUCAAAAAGCUUGAGGAACUGGAACAGAAGUUUACCUAUGAGUCUGAUCCCAUCACAAAAAAUAAACAAGUUCUGCAGGACCGAACAUACCAUCUUUUCAAACAACUCAUCCAGAG